AUGGAUCGAUUCUUUGACUGGAGCGAGAGCCUGCAGUGUGUGUUCCAGUGGCUUGGGUUCACAGUACAGGUGCACAAUGAUGUGACUAAAGCAGACCUGCAGAAAGUCCUGGAGGAAUAUAAGAGGCACCCAGGCCAUGCUGAUGGGGACUGCUUCGUGUUCUGUAUCCUGACUCAUGGGCUGUCGGAGGCUGUCUGCUCCUCGGAUGGGUUCCUCACUCCCAUUCAGGAGAUCAUAUCUUACUUCACAGCCCAGCAGUGCCCUGAUCUGGCUGGCAAACCCAAAUUGUUUUUCAUCCAGGCCUGUGAAGCUGCUGUACCUUUGGAAGCCAAUGUUAUGAAUGCUGACCAGCACCUCUCGCAGGCCAGCGGGCUGAGCCUGAGUGACAAGUGUCUUCAAGAGCCAGAGUUUCUGCUUAGCGUAGCCACCAUCCCAGUCUAUGCAAACUUUCAGAAAUGGAAGGAAGGCAGCAUCUAUAUUCAGUCUCUGUGCAAUCAUCUGAAAGUCUUGGUCCCAAGAUGUGAAGACAUUGCAUCUAUCAUUGAAAUUGCCAUCCAGGAUGUGGACGAGAUAGAGGAAGAACCUAAAUUUAAGGAGGAAACUGAAGAUGUUUUAUUUGGCAAGUUGGAUGAAAAUUGUAGCAUGGAUUUCCGUGAGAAACUCCUGAAGAUUGAUGCACGUUUGGGGUCCAAAGAUGUGGAAGUGCUCAAGUUUCUCUGUGGUGACUUCCUCUCCCACAAGAAGUUGGAGAAGAGCAGCUCAGCUUCGGAGAUAUUCGAUCUGCUCCUGGCGGAAGAGCUACUGACUGAGGAAGCCCCGUUCUUCCUAGCAGAGCUCCUGUAUACCAUGAAGCAGAACGCCCUCUUGCAUUUCCUUGACUACAGCAAAGAGCAAGUAGAGAGCUGUCUGGCCACUCGGAGGAGGGUCUCUCCGUUCAGAAAUCUACUCUAUGAACUAUCAGAAGACAUAAUCUCUGAGGACUUAAGGGACAUGAUCUUCCUUCUGGGCCAACACCUUCCAAAAACUGAGCUGACUUCUCUAAGUUUCAUGCAACAUCUAGAGAAACAAGGUCUCCUAAGUGAAGAUAACCUGGAGACACUGGAGAAGGCCUGCAAAACAGUGAAACCUAGCCUUAUGAAAAAGAUACAAAACUACAAGAGACAGAGAAGCACCCAGGUAGUGACACCUUCUGUGGACAAUAAAGCCGAGAUUUUGUAUCAGGGACAGGAAGAGGGACUUUCUCAUCUAGGCACUAUGAUAGUCCGUGGAGGCUUUCAGAUGGAGCCCUGGGAAAAUGAGCAGCAAAACCGUAACGGUGACAGAGCCACAAAUGAUGCACUACCCCUGGUCUCCACAGCAGUGUCGGGGGGAUCUGCUGACAUCACAAAUCCUGAAAGCACAAAGGAGGCGUCUGUGUACAGGAUGGAUCGGAAAUUCAGAGGGCACUGUGUCAUUGUCAACAACUACACAUUUUCAUCAUUACUACCCAGAGAAGGGACUCAUAGAGAUGCUGAGAGCCUGGAGUGUGUGUUCCAGUGGCUUGGAUUUGCAGUACAGGUGUAUAAUGAAGUGACUAAAGCAGCCUUGAAGGAGAUCCUGCAGGAAUAUAAGAGUCAUCCGGACCAUGCUGACGUGGACUGCUUUGUGUUCUGUAUCCUGACCCAUGGGGACUAUGGAGUGGUCUAUUCCACAGAUGAAGCCCCGACUUCUAUUAAGGAGAUCACAUCUUACUUCACAGCCCAGCAGUGCCCUGGUCUGGUUGGCAAACCCAAACUCUUUUUCAUCCAGGCCUGUCAAGGUUCAGGGUUACAACCUUCUGUACUUAUUGAAGCAGAUGCUGUGGAUCCUGACAAGGAAUUCUCUGUACCUCAAAAGUGGAACCUGAGCAACAGUAUUCCCGAUGAGGCAGAUUUCCUGCUCGGGUUAGCCACCAUCCCAGGCUAUAAAUCUAUUCGGAAUCGGAGAAGAGGGAGCUGGUAUAUUCAGUCUCUCUGUAAUCAUCUGAAAGAUAUGGUCCCAAGACGUGAAGACAUCUUAUCUAUCCUCACAGCUGUCAACAAUGAUGUGAGCCAGCAAGAGGAUUUAACGGGGACAAUGAAACAGAUGCCCCAGCCUGCUUUUACACUACGAAGAAAACUGGUAUUUCCUGUGCCUCAGGAAGCCCUAUCCUUAGACUAG